AUGUCCGCUGUCGCCCGGUCCGUCCGCCCCUUCGCCUCGCGCGUUCUCUCCCAGAAGCUCCCUAUCGCCGCCGCGCGCAGGGUUUCGCCCGUGAUGGGUUUCCCGCGGGGAACCAUCAGGAGCUUCUCGCAGAGCCCAUUCUGGCAGGUUAAGAAGUACACCGAGUCUCACGAAUGGAUCGAGCUGGCCGAGAAUGGCAAGACCGCCAAGAUCGGUAUCACCGAGUACGCCGCCCACUCGCUCGGUGACGUCGUGUACGUCGAGCUCCCCGCCGAGGACCUCGAGGUCGGUCCUGGUGAGCCCGUCGGCGCCGUGGAAUCGGUCAAGUCCGCCUCGGACGUCCUGUCCCCCGUCUCUGGAAAGGUCGUCAAGGGCAACGCUGUCCUCGAGGACAACGCCAAGUUCAUCAACCAGAGCCCCGAGGGCGACGCCUGGAUCGCCGAGAUCGAGGUCAGCGAUUCUGCUGAGCUGGACGGCCUGAUGGAUGCCGAGGCCUACAAGGCCACCAUUGACGAGGAGUAA